GCUACUUCAUCCUCACCCCAACGUCACAAACACCAAACUAUUCCUUAAUCUAUACACUGCGCUGCGCCCCUUUCUCCUUUAUCCUCCUCUCUAUCUGUUUGUGGCGCUAGCCUUUGUGAUCUCUCAUGGCUAUGUCCGUGGACCCUCUGGUGGUCGGCCGAGUGAUCGGAGACGUGGUCGACAUGUUUGUGCCAACUGCUAACCUGGCAGUCUACUUCAACUCCAAACAUGUUACUAAUGGUUGCGACAUUAAGCCUUCUCUUGCGGUUAACCCACCAAGGCUCGUCAUUCCGGGCCAUCCUCGCGACCUUUACACUUUGGUGAUGACAGAUCCAGAUGCUCCGAGUCCUAGCGAACCUCAUAUGAGAGAAUGGGUCCAUUGGAUAAUUGUAGACAUUCCCGGAGGCUCAACAAUGACCCAAGGGAAGGAGAUUCUGCCGUACACCGGCCCACGUCCACCCAUCGGAAUCCACCGCUACAUCCUUUUACUGUUCAAGCAAAAGGGUCCUGUGGGGUUGAUCGAGCAGCCACCGAGCCGCGCAAACUUCAGCACUCGCCUGUUUGCUAGGCACCUCGACCUGGACCUGCCGGUGGCGGCCACCUACUUCAACUCUCAGAAGGAACCAGCCACCAAAAAGUACGCAAUGUAGAUCUGAACCAAGUAGUCAACCCAACCCAAAAAAAAUGCAGUCAUCCACGGCCAAAAUAUCCGAGUGGCCUGUGGGAAAGCAGCGUAUAUAAAGUAAAUUGUGUGUUUUAAGAAUAAGAGGGAGAGGGGGAACUUGGAAUGUACUGCCAUUACAACUUCUUCUUCGCUGAUAUCUGUAUGUGUCUCUCCUGUGUUUCCUGUCGUUUAUCUGUCGUACGUUGUAGUUUGUUUCAACAUUGUAGUUUGUUUCAGAAUGGGUUGAUGACAUAAUAAUAAAAUAUAUAUGUAAUAAGU